UUUAUAUCACCAGAUGGCGCCAAAGUGACAUCUUACACCCACAACUGAAUUGUGGCUUGCAAUUUACUCACCUUUGCGUGUUCAUAAAAGUUUUAGGUGACGCUUGGGCAGUACUUAACUGCUUGUUCAUUUCUUUUUACUGUUCUCAGUUCACAUACAUUUUAAACAGUGAAUACAAUUAUGUUAAGGAGACCCACCCACCGUACAUCGAUGCACGUACGUCACAACGGCGGGAAAAUCUGAGGACUAGUCGAAUGUUUACAUCCGGUUUACAAAAAGUUGUUUCACAUUGCUAAAGAAUAUAUUUAGGGUACACAAGAGCCUGUGUGAAACAGAAUUUGUCUGAAAAUGUCAACUUCAUCAGUUUCUAAGGGUUGUUUUGUGUUCAAGCCCAGUGCAAAGAAGAGAAAGCCGAGCCCCACCGUAGAGGAUUAUUUCACUCAUGGCAGUGAGAACAUGGAGAACAGCAGAUUACGUUUCAGAACCUGUCAGUCAUUAUGGGAGAAAAUGAAGACUGACACGGAGCUUCUGCAGGAAGAACUGAACAGGAAAGUAUUAGACAGCCUCUUGGAAUUCAUCAGAAAGAGUUCAUCCAGUUUCCAGCGUGGCACAGAUGACUGGAGGUCACGUAUGAGAGCCCACGAGAUUCCCACAGCUGCUCUAGUGCUUGGAGUGAAUGUUCCAGAUCACGAUAUGACGUUCCAGAGCCUUUCUGAGCAGCUGCAGCUGUCUGUGUCUCCAUUUGUUGUGUCUUUGCAAGCCAAAGAGUGUGCAGCUCUGAAGAACCUGAUUCAGAAGGUUUUGGAGAGACUGAUGGGUGCUGGCGUGUGGGUGAACGAUGAGGACCAGUGUGAGCCUGAACAGGGCAGUACCAGUGUCAACCUGAAGAGGGUGCACUGCUCCCUCAAAACACUGCAUGACUGGUACAAGACCGUGACUGAGAAAACCUACACUAGCACCCCAGGAGAGAAGCGUACUUCCAUUGGCAUAAACGUGCAACAGCAUCCUCCCAUUGUAGUGAUCUUCAAAGACCUAGAGGUUUUCAGCCCUAAAGUUCUACAGGACUUCAUCAUCAUCUGCAGCCGCUACAUUGAACAGCUUCCCUUGAUAUUCGUCUUUGGCAUCGCCACGGCUCCCAGCGUCAUUCAGCACACACUGCCCCACUCUGUGUCCUCUCUGCUGGGAAUCGAGCUAUUUCAGUCCCUGUCCUGCACCCAGCACCUAGCCACAGUCAUAGACCAGGUGAUUCUGACCUCUGAGUUUCCCUUUAAGUUGAGUGGAAAGGUAUUACAGGUGCUGGUCAGCAUCUUCCUGUACCACGAUUUCUCUGUCCGCAACUUCAUCAAAGGCCUCCAGUUAGCUCUGCUAGAGCACUUCCACAGCCAGCCCCUGAGUGUGCUGUGCUGCAGGAAGCAGGAGGCCCUGGGCCACAUCUCUAAGCUCAGUCACCAGGACGUGGAGAGGAUCCAGCAGCUACCUUCCUUUAUGAGGUAUGUAGAGCAGCAGGGUCCCCAGGACCAAGUGGAGCUGCUGACGAAUGAUGACCAUGUGAAGGAAGUGUGCGUGAAACUACUUAUAGACCUUCACAAAUACCACAAGAACUACUACCCCAUUCUGAGGUGUCUCCAUGUUCUAACAUCUUCUCUACCCAAGUACCCUCUCGGAAAACAGAUAAGAGAGCUGCACAUAUCCUGUCUAGAGAAGAAUGUGUGGGACAAUGAAGAGUAUGCUUCUGCCAUGACGCUUCUGAGGAUGAUGGCUAAAGAAGAGCUUGUUUCACUGCUGCAAAAGUGCUCCGUGAUCCUCAAACCAGGAAAGACAAAGAAGAUGAGGGCUGUCCUGCUUCGACUGGACGAUCUGAUCACUAGAUUCACCAAGGCAGACAGUGUUGCUGAGACAGCAGCUGAAGAGGACAUUACUUCUCCUGGGAAAGGGCUCCAGAAGAAGACCAAUCUGUUCCAACUGCAGAAGUCUCUACUGGAGAUGAAAGAAUCUCGGAGAACCAAGAAAAUGAGCCAGUUCGAGAUACUCCGAGACGAAGUCCUGGAGUUUUUUGACAGCCUUGUAAGGUGCCACUUGGCCCCGCCCGAAUCCCAGCCGCUAUAUGAGGUGUGUUACUACAGCUCGUCGGCUGUCCUGAGACGCCACCUGAACGCCACGCCACGCACCUCCAUCCAGACAGCCCUCAGCAACCCUUACCACUACCUGAAGAAUGAAAGCCUGCGGACCGAAGACGGCACGUUCUCCAGCGCUGCUCCCGACAUCUGCAUAGUGUAUAAGCUCCAUCUGGAGUGUGGGAGGCUGAUAAACCUAUACGAUUGGCUGGAGGCUUAUGCCACUGUGGUGUCCGCUGCAGAGGGAAAGGAUCCAGAGUCAGCAGAUUAUGGCAAAGUGGACGAACUCAAACAUGCUCGUUUUAUCCAGGCUGUAUCUGAGCUGGAGUUCCUGGGCUUCAUCAAAUCCACCAAGCAGAAGACGGACCAUGUGUCACGGCUCACCUGGGGAGGCUGCUGAUUGGAAGCAUGUUGUACUUCUAUGUAUAAGUCUUCAAAGUAUCUGUAGUUGUUAAAUUAAUGUCUGUUAAUGUGGAUGAUAUAGAGAACAUGGAUUUCUUUUUUUCUAUUUCCUGAAUGUCUUGAGAAAAGGGUAAUUAGACUGCAACAGAUAUGAGACAAAUGUUCCCUGUAAUGUAAAGGUGGUUUCAAUUGAAUGUCAUGCUAUUAAAAUGUGGAAAU